UUUGAAGAGAGAGCAUCAACUGCCUUCAUUUGUGGGUAAACCAAUCCAAACUGCCACUCUCUUUCUCCGUUUUUCUAGGGUUAGGGUUUCAAAUUUUGACGGAGAAUUUUGAUCCUCCGACACCCACCACCCACCUCCCAUGGAGGAAUCAGUGGACUUGCAAGACUGGGAGCUUCUCCACGGCUCCGACUCCGAAUUGGUUAUCUCGCCGGUUUCAGCUCAGAAGUUGAGCGAGUUGGAGGGAAUUGAAGGAGAUUCUGAGGGCAUGAUAAGGUCCGAUUACUUCUCUCUGGAUUCGCAGGGGAGGUACGAGAGGCCUGUUGAUGUGAGCGAGGAGGGCUCUAUUGAGUCGGACAAUCCGAGUUGGAUUGAUCCCGGGUUGGAGACUCGGUACGAGAGGAAGGAUAUGGGGGAGUUUUGGUCUGAUUCGGGGAGUGAUCGGUCUGAUGAACGCAAAAUUGUAGAUUUUGAUGCGAAAAAUGAAUUGGGUUUGGGAGAAACUGAGAAAACCAAAGUGGGGUUUGAAGGCGAGAGUGAGAAUUUGAGGAAGCUCUGGUCCGAUGAGCGUAAAUCCAGUGAUUUUGAUGUGAAAAAUGAGUCGGGAUUAUUGGAAACUGGAAAAGGCCAGGUGGGGUUUGAAGGGAUUGGGGAGAUUGGAGGUGAGAGUGAGAAUAUGGGAAAAUUCGGAUUUGGGUUGGGGAGUGAUUUGUCUGAUGAUCGUAAAAUCAGCGAUUUUGAUGCCCAAAACCAACUGAACUUUGUGGAAAGUGGGAAAAGCCAAGUGGGCUUUGAAGAAAUUGGAGGUGAGAGCGAGAAUCUGGGGAAAUUUUGGUCUGAUUCAGGUGGAAUUGGAUCAAUGGAGAACCAGCUUGGGAAAUUUGAGGAGGAAAAUAAGGAGGGUGUUGAUGGUGGUGGGAAGAAACGAGAUGUUUCUGAGCUUUCAGGCGAAUCAGAUGGUGGAAAUGAGUCGAAGGUGGAGAUGGAAGGAGGAGGAGACCAGAAUGAUAAUGAGAAUGUAGGAGCCAUUGAGGAAGUGGAAUCUAAGGGUGACAAGGAGUUGAAGAGGAGGGUGGUGUGGUGGAAGGUUCCAUUGGAGUUCUUCAGAUACUGUGCUUUCAGGGUUAGUCCUGUUUGGUCUUUCUCGGUGGCAGCUGCCAUAUUGGGCAUUGUUAUUCUAGGAAGGAGAUUGUAUAGGAUGAAGAGGAAGAGCAGGAGCUUGCAGCUCAAGGUUACUGUGGAUGACAAGAAGGUGUCUCAGUUCAUGAGCCGUGCUGCACGUCUGAACGAAGCAUUCUCAGUAGUGAGGCGGGUCCCCAUUAUCCGACCCGCCCUGCCAGCUGCUGGGGUGAACCCAUGGCCUGUGAUGAGUCUGAGAUAAAAAGUAUUUAUUGUGAUAUAUAGUUAGAUGGUGGGGGGAAGCAGUGUUUUCCAACAGGGUCAAGUCUUAAUAUUGCAUGUCCUUACAGCUUUGCUUUGUAUUAAAACCAAGAGAUUUCCAGCCUUUUCUUUUGUGUAUGAACUCAAAGGUUUUAAGAAACAUGAACUACAUUUCGUGUUUGUGUAAAUUUCCAGAUUUAGUUUGCUUCAGUA